UUAGAUAGAAUGCCGGGACGGAUAGACUCCGAUACAGAGCUGGAGGAGGAGAAGAAAGACAAAAAGAAGUCCAGACAAAGAUCCAGAUCACGCGAGAAAAAGAAAAGUAAAAAGCAUCGGAAGGAGAAGAAAAGGCGGCGCAGAAGUUCCGGCGGUAGUGCUGGAGACACCGGCGGAGAAGGCGGAGAUACGCCGGGGAAAAAGGAUAGAUCUGCCACACCUCCCGUCUCCGCGAAAUUACCUGGUAUAGCCAGAUAUGACAGCGAGGGAAGUGAUGAAGAGAUGGAGGAGAAGAGAAGGGAGUAUAAGAGAGAAGGAGAGAAGGAGAAGAAGGAUGUGGAGAAGGAAAGAGAACGAGAUCGAGAAAAGAGAGGAGAAAGACGGAGUAAAAAGAAACGGUCCAGGACAAGAUCUAGGUCUAGGAAUCGUAGAUCAAGAUCACGGGAGCGUCGGGACCGACGAGACGGGAAAGACGGACGAGAGGAUAAAGAUCGAGGACGGUAUAGACGGGAGGAGGAGAAGAAAUACGAAGGGGAGGAGGAGGAGGACACCAAUGUCGGGAACAAGGAGGUUAUCUCCCUCUCUAUCGAGGAGACGAACAAGCUGCGUGAGAAGUUAGGACUAAAACCUCUGAACGUGUCGGAUAAAUAUAAUCCCGAGGAUGCGGAGGAGGAUGAUGAUGGAACCAAGGCGGGAACCUUGAUACCUGGAGAUAGAGAUAAAACCCGGCAUCUACCCGCAGACCAUUGGGGGGAGAAGGCUAAAAGUGAGAAGUUAAGAGAGAAACUAGCCUUGAAGAAGGAAAAACGAAGCAUAGAAAGUAAACUAGCUGCUGUGAGGGGACUGGCAGAUUCAGAUUCUGAUGAUGAUACGGCAAAAUGGGUUCAGAAACAGAAAAGUAAACUUCAGGCUAAAGAAGAAGCUGACAAGAGAGCUAAAGAACUGCUUGAGCUUGAUGAUGAGUUUGGUGUCGGUGAACUUGUUACUGAGAAACUCAAACAGGAUCAGGGAUCUAAAUAUACAGCUCGUGAUUUGAGGGGACUCCGAGUAGAGCAUAGUACUGAACAUUUCGGAGAAAAUACAACCAUACUUACUCUCAAGGACCAGGAUAUCCUAGAUGAGAAGUAUGAGGAUGUGCUGGUGAACGUAAACAUCAUGGAUACUGAGAGAACUAAGAAGAACCUGGAGAACAUCAAGUCCCAUGCUGGAUACCAGGCUUAUGAUCAGGAUGAGGUCGAUGAACUCACAGGCGAGGUGACGCGUAAGGGUAUCCUGUAUCAGUACAACGAGGAGAUAGACGGAGCUAAGAAGGAAUCCUUUACACUGGAAAGUUCUGGAAAGUUUAGUGAAGAGGAGAACAAGGCUAGGGAGCUCGCUAAGAUCAGACAGAAGUUGAAGCUUGGUAGUGUGCAGAGCCUUGUUACUCCUGAACUGAGGCUGGCUUCCGAUUACUAUAACGAGGACGAGAUGGCCUCAUUCAAGAAACCUAAAUCUAAGAAGAAGAAAAUUAGGAAGAAGAUUCUCAAGGCUGACGAUCUGUUGAAAAUGACAGCUCCUGAAACCCUUCUCCCAACAAAUUUCGGGAAUGCGAAGAAGAAGCGCGCAGCGCGAAUCAUCGACGAUGACGAGGAACUGCCGGACGGACGGCUCCCUCAGACCUACGACGACCUGCCUAUAGUUGAAGAUCUAACUGGAGUCCGCGUAGAGGAGGAUGACGGUGGGUUCAUCAGGAGUAGAUUAAACAAAGCUAUGAAACUGAAAAAUAAAAAGGGGAUGAGCAGCCUGGAUGAGAUUUCUGCGAGUAUAAUAUCCGAUCGAGAUCCUAGAGAACCAGAGGAGGAGAGAGAAUAUAGUGAUCUUAUUCUAGACCAAACUCAGGAGUUUUGCCGAAACCUGGGCGAGGUUGUAACUUUUGAAACCUCUGGUUUGGGUGAAGGAGUCUCCACAGAACUCCUAGACUUUGAACACAGUCUCAUUGCGGAGAAGAAAAAAGAACCCAAAGCUAAAAGAUCAUCUCGCGGUAAGCUGACAACUGGUGGAUGGGAGGAGGUUGGAGACAAGAUGGAGGAUGAUAUGGAGGUUGAUGAUGAGGAUGAAAAUAUGAAUUCAGAACACAAACAAAAUUCAGGCGGGAAAUCCAGACCAACUAUACUGGAUGAUGAAGCUCUAGCUAGCACUGGUAUGGGAGCUGCCCUAAAGAUGGCAGAGCAGAUGGGAUACCUGGACAGGAAGGAGCAGGGGAAGAAGGAAGCAGGGUUACAGGAUCUUAUUGCCAAGAAGUACAGUGUAGAGGAUAAAACAAGGGAUUAUGAGGAAGAUGACCGAAAACGACGUCGAGGUGACCGAAGUAGCUACAGCGGUCCUACAUCUUCAUUCACAGAGAAGAGAGGAUAUAAACCAGAGAUAAAUCUUGAAUACCUGGAUGAUGGAGGAAGGAAGUUAUCAAGUAAGGAAGCAUUUCGUUUCCUGUCUCACAAGUUCCACGGUAAAUCCAGCGGGAAAAUUAAAACUGAAAAGAGACAGAGAAAGGUUGCUGAGGAUAAGUUGAUGCAGAAGAUGUCAAGUGUAGACACCCCCCUCCAGACCCUGGCCAAGCAGCAGGAGAAGACCAGGGAGCUCGCCACGCCCUACCUAGUCCUCUCAGGGAACAAACAACUCAGUAGGCUCAAGAAAUAGUUAACAAUUAUUUCAAUAAAUGUAUUUACAAAUAUCAA